AUGAUCGAACCCGCAGCGGACUGUGCAAGGGGAGGCUUGCAUCCGCGGCUAACGAGCGUGUUUGAUUGGAAGGGUGGUGUGGCUAGGUGGAGGAGAUAUCCACGCGAGUACCACGAUGGCUCAAGAGAGUUUAUAACCAAAAAUGAAAGGAGGCAGCUGGACGAUACAACACCGCGCAAUGUGAUAGAGCGCGGGCUGCACUUAGCAGAUCCCCGCUGCCUGGGCGACGAAGGCAGACUGGUGGGUGUGGGCGAGGAAGUAUACGAUAAGAAUGAAGCAGGAGAAUAA